AUGACAGAUAUCCAAAGAAGUGCUACUGAAGCUCGAGAUCGAGCAGCUCGACUGUUAAAAAAGAAAGCAAGUUUUACGUCGGAACAUCCUAUCCUUAGGACAAGCGGCAUGGCAUCAGAACAACCAAUCCACCCACAAAGUCAUGAAGAUACACGCAGUCAAUUACAUCAUAAGGAAAAUACUUAUAAAAUGGAUCCGGAUGUACGUUUUCCAUCAGCUGCUAUCAAAUCAAUCGUGCAAGAUGUAUUAGAAUCUUACUUACAAAACGAAUCUUAUGAUUCGGAAGUGUGUCGUGAAAUGACAAAAACUGUAUCAGAAGUAAUACGAAGCCGAGUCAAAGAUCUCAACUUACGUCGGUACAAGUUGGUUUCGUUAGUUUAUAUUGGCCAAUUAACCAAUCAAGGUGUCAAAUUGGGUAGUCGUUGCUUGUGGGAUCCAAGUAACGAUAAUUUUUCCUCUCAUAGUUACCAAAAUGCUUCCUUAUUUGCCGUAGCGACUGUCUAUGGGAUCUAUUUAGAAUAA